GGACACUACUGCAGAUAUAUAAAGGCUGAGGAGUGUGUAGACUCCGUGUCCAGUCAAGAUGGAGAGGCGGCACUUUGCUCUGCUGGCCGUCCUGGCGGCGCUUUGCGAGGUAGUGUUCGGCAGCGUGGUGGACGGAAUCAAGAGGCAGGAGACAACGCUGGAGUGUGGAGACGUUCUCAAGCUUGACUUCACGGACAUAAUACCGACUGUCCAUUGUUCUUUGCCGUGUCCUGAUAUGAACACGAUUGCCGUCGGACCGGUCUUCAAGCGAGAGGCUCGUCUGGACGAGUAUGGGUUGAUGGUACGGCAGGAGUACGGCGAGAACGGCACGGUGACUUGCUUGCUUGUCGAUGUCAUUUCAGACUCUCUCGCUCUACAGUCAUCUCUCCAGGCUGAGGCUUGUGAUUCAGUGCCUCCUUUCACUGAGGGCUCUACUGUGUCAUCUACCGCUGCCACUGAGGGCUCUACUUUGUCAACAACCACUGUCACAGGAGGCUCUAGUGUGUCAACAACCACUGGCAGUGAAAGCUCUACUGUGUCACCAACCACUGCCACUGAGGGCUCUACUGUGUCAACAACCACUGCCACUGAAGGCUCUACUGUGUCACCAACCUCUGCCACUGAGGGCUCUACUGUGUCAACAACCACUGCCACUGAGGGCUCUACUGUGUCACCAACCACUGCCACUGAGGGCUCCACGGUGUCACCAACCACUGUCACUGGAGGCUUAUCUGCCGACACUACUAUCAUUGCAGACUGCGCCGAUAACAUGGACACUACUGAGUCUGUUUCUGGCGAUGAACAAAGCCAACACAUUACCAAUCCAUCUUCCAGUGUGACAACUCCGUCCCCAACAAGCCUUCCUACCACUACCACCACCACGCCUCGGUACAAGUGCCCCAGUGACUUUGAGAGCUUCAAUAAUUCCUGCUACCACGUGUCUGUUGAGGAGGGUACGUGGGAGGACGGGAGGAUUUAUUGUGCGCUUAAGAACAGCAAAUACGUCACCAUUACCAAUGAUGACGAGUUCUAUUACGUAAUAAGCCUUCUGAGCACAGACACUUGGAUUGGCCUCAACGACAGAGAAAAUGAAGGUUUCUUUAUCUGGGAUUCCGACGGCACUGCUAUCGAUUACGAAAUGUUUGCCUUCGGAGAGCCAAACAACGGUAUACUUUACAGCGAGGAUUGCGUCGAGAUGCGCGAGGGGAAAGGCUUCAUGUGGAACGACGAGGGUUGUGAGUCCUGGAGAAGAUUUGCUUGUGAAGUGAGUCCAACUCAGUACCGACGAUAAACCAUCUGAAUCACCACUCAAAGUCCUGAAAAUUGGCCAACAUUGAGAAAAUACGUACUUCAAACAACUUCACAUCCUAAUAACAACAAAAACAACAACAAAAACUGUAGUAAUGGAAAACACCAAGAAGCAAAGUUCGAAGAUUAUUAAGUUCCUUCCACCAAGAAAUGAACAUCCCAAUUUAUAGAAGAGUGAUUAUCAUGAAUAGAUCGGAGAAAUGGAAUCUGCAACAAACAACAUCCAGAGGUUUUAAAUUCCACAAAAGCACACUAUAAGAAUGGACUGAGAGGUUUAAGAUACAGAAACGCCAAUUUUUCCAUAAACUACUUGGUCCUUUCCUGUCCGUACUGGCAGCUCAGUACGAUUUUUUUUCCUUAGUUUUUGUUGCUCUUAACGUCUUACAUAAUAAAAAUGUCAUGUAGCAGGAGCAGGCUAGAGGAAGACUAACACCAAGACGCAACUGACGCUCCUCAAUUCUAGUUAUAAAAAGAUAGGAGUAUCUGGCUUGCUUUUACUUCUGCCUGGCCACAAUACAUCAUAUUGACUGCAGUGCUGUAAGGAAACUUUUUCUUAGAACGUUUUCAUGGCGCACCUCCGCAAUACCUAUAUUGAAUCUCUGUUGGAAUUCAUACAAAAUUCAUAUUUCCCAAUGUCUGUUCUGAUGGGAAUUUGCAAUAAAACAACUAUCUUCUCACGAGACUUUUUGUGAUGGAUGUGAAAUAUGAUGGUAUUGUAAUAUUUGAAAUCUAAAGUCAAAGAAGAAAUGUAACAAACACAAUCAGGUGAAUGACAAAUGCUUACGAAAAAAAAUGGUGAAGGCUGAAGACAGUAUAAAGAUGUUGAAUGAA